UCUCUCUCUCUCUCUCUCUCUCUAUCUAAUAUAUCGAUCUGUUAUUCCUUCUAUAUAUUGUUCCUCAGAUAUUGGAGACUGUUAUAAUUUUAAUUUUUUUAUGUGAAUUCUUUUCAGUAAUUUACUUUUCUUUUCUUUUUUAUUUUUAUUUUUGUGAAAUACGCACUUUUGCAUAAUUUAAUUUUUGUUACUGCCAAAUGUUUGAGAGAAAUGAAGAUAUGGAUGAUGAAUUCGCGAAGCUUAUUAGGAGGGUUAAUCCACCCAGGGUUGUAAUUGACAACGAUUCGUGUGAGGAUGCAACUGUAAUCCAGGUUGGCUGUGUAAAUAAGCAUGGAAUCCUCCUUGAAGUUGUUCAAGUGCUAACGGAUGUGAACCUUGUUAUUACAAAAGCAUACAUCUCAUCUGAUGGGGGAUGGUUCAUGGAUGUGUUCAAUGUGAUUGAUCGUGAAGGGAAGAAAAUAAGAGAUGAAGAGGUUAUCAACUACAUCCAGAAGACACUUGCAAAUGAUGAUGGCUCAGUACCUUCACUCAGAGGGUCUGUUGGUUUGGUUCCUUCUGAAGAGAGCACAUCCAUUGAACUAACAGGAACAGACAGGCCAGGUUUAUUGUCUGAAGUGUGUGCUGUUCUCACUGAUCUUCAUUGCAAUGUGGUGAAUGCUGAGAUAUGGACACAUAACGCUAGAGCUGCAGCGGUAGUUCACGUGACUGAUUACACUACGGGUUGUGCAAUUGAAGACCGAACCCAUCUUGCAAUAAUAAAGGAGAUGCUUUGCAAUGUGCUUAAAGGAAAUAAUGAUCUCAAGACUGCAAAAAUGUCACUUUCUCCUCCUGGGAUAACCCACAGGGAAAGAAGAUUACAUCAGAUUAUGUUUGCUGAUCGGGAUUAUGAUAAGGUUGAAAGACACAAAGGGUCCAGUGUUGAUGAUAAAAGUUCCAGACCUCAUGUAAUUGUAUCCGAUUGUGCUGAAAGAGAUUACACAGUCAUUACUAUGAGGUCAAGAGAUCGACCCAAGCUGUUGUUUGAUAUUGUCUGCACUCUAACAGACAUGCAGUAUGUUGUUUUUCAUGGAGUAGUACACACCGGGAGAAUGGAAGCAUAUCAGGAGUACUACAUUCGUCAUGUUGAUGGAUUUCCUAUAUGCUCAGAAGCUGAGAGAGAACGUGUCAUGCAGUGUCUAGAGGCAGCCAUUGAAAGGCGAGCCUAUGAGGGACUGGAAUUAGAAUUGUGCACGGAGGAUAGAUUUGGACUUCUAUCAGAUAUUACGAGGAUAUUCAGGGAAAACAGUUUAUGUAUCAGACGAGCAGAAAUAUCGACAAAGGGUGGCAAAGCCAGAGACACUUUCUACGUCACUGAUGUUACAGGUAACCCUGUUGAUCCUAAGAUGGUCGACUCGAUUCGCAGACAGAUUGGACAAGGUAUUUUGCACGUCAAAUGGAACUCAAGUUCUUCAGAAAAACCACAAAAUGAGAGAACAUUUAGCUACCUUUUCGGGAGCUUCUUCAAAGCUUGAAAUUUCAGAUUGAUCAAAUCUUGCUCCUAGACUAUUGUGAAUCUAUUAGUCUGUGCGUUUUAGGGGAGGAAAAACUGUAAGGGUUUGUGAAUACUUUAAGUAGAUGUCUGUAUUCUCUCCUAUACACCGGCAAGUAGUAGACACGAAAUUGCCAUAUACUGUAAAUAUACGAAUCAUGUAGUUCAUUUAAAUCCUUGUGCCUUGUAAGCAAGCUGUGUGAAAGUGCUGUAAUUCUUGGUUUUAUGGUAGAAAAAAAUUUGUACAGGUACAGACGUAAAUAUAUAUGUAAAGGUUACAUAAUACUUAUUUCUUAGUUUAUAUCCCAGCAGUGAUCGAAUUUAUAUGCUAA